AUGUUUUCAAUUUCAAAUAGUUUUACCCAGUCUAAUAGCAAUUCGAACACUUCAAAUACUUCAUUAGAUACUCCAACAACCCAACAACAAAAUAAACGGCCCAUUCCUCCAACUCAAAAUGUCCCUCCAAUUAUACGUUCAACUUCGAAUCAUUCAAAUGCUUCAACUUCACAACAACAACAACAUGCUGUUAAUUUUUCUGGUAGUAAUAAUAAUAUACAACAACACCCAUUACAACAACAACCACAAAGAAUUUCUACACCAUCAGCUAUUAUUAUGACUUUAUCAUCUCCUCCUCCUCCUAAUAUUCAACAAAUUCCAACAUCAAUCCAUCACCCCGUUUCACAACAACAUAAUAUUGGUCCAAACCCACAUCAUUCUGAAAUUCAUCAUAUUUCCGUAUCGUCUCCAACUCCAAUUAUUCCACAAUUAUUACAACAACCUUUAAAUGUUUCUGGUUCACGUUUUGUUCAACAACACCCUCAACAACACCCACAGCAACAACCCCAACAGCAACAACACCCUCAGCAACAUCCUCAACGUCCUCCACAACUUCUUCCAAUAAAUUGCCCUUUACCUGUUGUUGGUUCGCCGCCUAUUUCUUUACCUAAUACGCCUCUAACUCCCGUUAUGCAUGGACCACCUGAUCAAAUGCAAAUUAUGAGACAGAAUAUGGUAUUGCAACAACAGCAGCAACAACAACAUGUGAGGAGAUAA